GCCCCGGAAGAAAGCAGUUUGCUUUUACCACUUGGAAAGUGAUCAGCUCGUCAGAUUGCAACCGUAAAAGUGCAUGAUCAACUCUCAUAAAAAGAAACACAACUCUUGGAAUCCAAGGAUAGUACAGUGUUCGGACUGGCUGAGGAGGCAGACCUACAGACGGUAUCACAGACAUUGGACAGAUUUAAUCUUAUAGAUUUGAAUGGACAAGGAGACCAGAAAUACAUAGCCCAGCUAGUUAACCCGUGUGGAGACUCCGCGAUGCCUGUGAAGAAGAAGAGGAAGUCUUCAGGGUCAGAUGACCCGGGACUCAGGAAGUGUAAAAUCACCUGUUUCUGCAGACCCCAGGCUCCAGGCCGGUUGAUCAGCCCAGAUGACCAGUUCUCCAAUAAGAAAUGUCUGGCCUGGUUCUACGAGUACACAGGUCCAGAUGAGGUGUUGGGUCCAGAGGGGAUGGAGAAGUUCUGUGAAGACAUUGGAGUGGAACCAGAAAACAUUAUCAUGUUAGUUUUAGCAUGGAAACUAGAAGCGCCAAAUAUGGGAUUUUUCACUAAGGAGGAGUGGCUUAAGGGAAUGACUUUACUACAGUGUGACUGCAUAGAGAGGUUACAGGGGAAACUGGACUACCUGCGCAAUCAGCUCAACGACAUGAUCAUCUUUAAAAACAUCUACAGAUACGCCUUCGACUUUGCCAGGGAUAAGGACCAGAGGAGUCUGGACAUGGACACAGCUAAGUCCAUGCUAGCAUUGCUACUGGGGAGAACAUGGCCACUGUUCCCUGUCUUCAACCAGUUUCUGGAGCAGUCCAAGUACAAGGUGAUGAAUAAGGACCAGUGGUAUAACGUCUUAGAGUUCAGUCGUACAGUCAGCACAGACCUCAGUAACUAUGACGAGGAUGGAGCCUGGCCGGUGUUAUUGGAUGAGUUUGUGGAGUGGCAGAAAGCUCGGCUGGCAGCGUUAUAGCGGAGAGAAGAAAGAGGGAGCAGGAGGAAAACGAAAGAGAGAAGCACACAUGAAGAUGUUCUCCCUCCGUUUGAAAUAUACAGAAACGGCACAUAUACACCUUCCAUGGACUGUGCACACACACACACACACGCAUACGGUGUCAUGGAGCGCACACACACUUCCAGUGACGGCCUCUGUGCUUCGUGAGCCAACAGUGAAGUUCUCUCUCUCUGAAGAUACUUUUCCAGUGUUCAUUUAAACAAGUUCAACAAGAAGAAAACAAACAAAAAGCUAAACUAAAGAGGGAACUAUUUUUCAUAUAUAUUGCAUCUGUGGCCACAGUUGUCUAGCCAUUGUUAAGAUCGACUGGGGAAUUUAUCGGUUUCCUUGAACAUUUUUUUCCCUUCAUUUUUGAGUCUUACCUCGUUUAUAGUAUGUUUUCUGAACAAGAAUAAAGAAUGGAAUUGUACCAAA